AAGAAAGCAAGAUUUACCUCACGUGUGCACCCUGCAGGACAGCACGGUGCAGGGUGCCGGCCAGGACAAACUGGGGAUCUACGUCAAGUCUGUCGUGAAAGGAGGGGCUGCAGAUGUGGAUGGACGAUUGGCUGCAGGUGAUCAGCUUCUCAGUGUGGAUGGACGAAGUCUGGUUGGACUCUCUCAGGAAAGGGCAGCAGAACUCAUGACAAGAACGAGUUCCGUGGUUACACUCGAAGUGGCAAAGCAAGGUGCCAUCUACCACGGCCUGGCCACCCUCCUCAACCAGCCAUCCCCCAUGAUGCAGAGAAUUUCAGAUCGUCGUGGCUCAGGUAAACCCCGACCAAAGAGUGAAGGCUUUGAGCUCUAUAGUAAUUCAGCUCAAAAUGGCUCCCCAGAUAGUCCUCAGCUGCCUUGGGCAGAGUACAGUGAACCAAAGAAACUGCCUGGUGAUGACAGACUGACAAGAAACAGAGCCGAUCACCGCUCCAGCCCCAAUGUGGCAAAUCAGCCUCCUAGUCCUGUGGGAAAGAGCACAUAUGCCUCUGGAACAGCAGCUAAGAUAACGUCUGUCUCCACUGGAAACCUCUGCACUGAGGAGCAGACCCCUCCACCCAGACCUGAAGCCUACCCUAUCCCCACUCAAACAUACACCCGAGAGUAUUUCACCUUCCCAGCCUCCAAGUCCCAGGACCGGAUGGCUCCUCCUCAGAACCAGUGGCCAAAUUAUGAGGACAAGCCACACAUACCAACCGACAGCCAUUCCAGUAUUGCAAUUCAGCGUGUCACCCGUUCCCAAGAAGAGCUUCGGGACGAGAAUGCUUAUCAGUUUGAGCGGCAUCGAGCAGAGGCCACUAUGGAUCGGAAGUCCGAUAGUGAUAUGUGGAUAAAUCAGAGCUCUCGGUAGAAUCUAGUACGUCUAGCCAAGAGCACCUG